GUGAUAUUACUUCUUUUUGAGCUAUCAUAAUUCUGCAUUUAAAUAAACAAAUAAGAGCUUUCACCUACAGAACAGCUGAUUGUGUAGGUGUAGUAAACAUGCAAAAGUAUAAAGAGAAAUUUCAAUUGUAAAUAACAUUUGAUUCACAUGUAAUUGAUUUCUGCCAGCCAAAAAUUAGGAGUAAUGCGUAUAGUUUUGUGCUUAAUUCUACUCCAUAUACUUUACGUCAGUUCUCAACAACAAGUGAAACCGAAUCUAUUUGCAGAAGUCUUUAAAUUAAGAUGUAAUCAGUUGUCGAUUGAAAAUAACUUUCUUCCCGUAAAUUGUACUCACAUGUGGAAUUUAUUUGAAGAAGCAUUGCUGAGUGCACAUAAACAGUCAGAAUGUGUUAUGAAACCUGAACUCUAUGCGAAAUUUGUCAAGUAUGCGUUUUCAGUACAACCAAAAAUCACUGAACAAUAUUUCCAUUCUCAAGUCAUCGACGUGGUUCGUGGAAUGUGCAAAAAUCUUCGAGAAUGCUACACUUUAGAACGAACUUAUGCAGGAUUUAUUCUUGAUGAUAUGAACUGGUGUAAUACCAGUUUAACAGGAGAUCUGCACUAUGGAACUAUUUGUGGUUGCAAUUCAAAGAGUAGAGUUAUUGGAGCUUACUGGGAUGCAGCUUCUGAAGAGUAUGCAAAAUCAGCAUCUGGUCAUGUUUAUGUGAUACUGAAUGGAUCAUUUGAAUUACCGUUCAAUGAAAACAAGACAUUUUCACGUGUCGAACUGCCACUGUUAAAAUACCCUCAAGUUCACAAUUUAACAGUGAAGUUAGUUCACAGUUUGCAGCAAACAGGAUAUUAUCACACAUGCAAAUCUUUCAAUAUUCUUGAGCUUGCAAGGAAGGUGAUUUCACAGAACAUUGGAUUUGAAUGCAUUGAAGAUCCUGCGUAA